CAGACGGUCGAGUGGCUUCCUUUGACACACAAGAACACUAUUUUACCUCAAGUCGCUGAAAAAGAAGAAAAACCUCUUGAACAGGAACGAAAGGCCUCUGUGGGACCGCCCUCCAAAGCACGAGGCCAACUGAAGAAGAUUCUCAGUCAGGUGUCGAUUACGGCCCAUCUCCAUGUCCUGAGGCCCCAACCCACCCCCGAUGCUAGUCUUCCACCACCUCCUCCUCUUAGUCUGACCCCAUAUCAGCUGGUGUCAGGAACGAAUCCCUCCAUUGCGGCAGCAGCGGCUGCCUCGGGCGGAGGGUUGGCGUCUGACGAGAUAAACCUGAAGUUGCCACUACACGAGACAACUUUUACCACCAUAAAGCCGCUGUUGGAGUUCUUUAUGACUUGUUAUGCUGUUGAGAUGGUAAGGAAAUAAAACACUUGGCCCUGUGCAGAUUUUAGUGUUUUUGUUGCGUAUACGUUUACUUACCAAUUACAGUUGCAACCACAAUAGCCAUAUAAUAGGAAACAGAACAAAAUUACAAUGGUGUAUUUCCAUCGAACUCGCUAGGCUUAAUGAGACUUUCUUACCUUUUUUUCCUUGAGUGACCAAGAAAUACUUUCUCCAUACAGUAUCGAUACAAUAUCAAGCAUACUAGUGAUGAGAAUAAAGAUAAAUAUCAAUUGGGGGAUUGUAAGUUGAUUCAGUUAUAAAUAUUCUUUUACGUAACUUCUUAAGAAUUGCAUGACGGACAGUGAGGAGAAUUACUAGUGGGAUCUAUGGAGUGAAAGAGAUAAACAAUUUUCGUCGUCAUUUACUUGAGUUUAACUCUUUAUUUGCAGGACAUCAAUCAAAUCAACACUCAUGCAGAUGAAAUGGAUCUCUUUACUAUGGUCUCAAGGAGAUUCAAAAAAGUUUUUUCAAAACAAGAACAAAUGAGAACUUUCCCCGUUUACGACGCUUCAAUCGAGGUUAGUCAAAUGUAU